AUGGCAAAAGUCAUCCCAGAAACAAACAAAGAAAUGUUCAACUCUUUACAUCAUGAAAUAAGCCUAUGAAAAGUACGUGCAAAAGAACUUCAAAAAGAAGAGCCUAGAUUAAGAAAUAGCCCUGAGUUUAAAGAUAUUAGAUUUAUUUUAUUCCCUGAUGACUCCUUUAUGAAUUAUUGGAGAUUUAUUGUAUUACUUUUGUUAUUAUACACAAUUACUAUAACUCCUUAUCGAGUGAGUUUUGUUGAUGUAGAUACCCUUGACUGGCAAAUUGCAGAUCUCUUUGUGGAUGGACUGUAUUUUAUUGAUGUUCUUACUAUUAGAGUGUGUUUUUUUUUUUAAAAUUUAUAUUUCGAAAUUCCAAAACUAAAUAAUUUUAAAGCAAACAUUAAUUUAACUUAUAGAAUUUAUAUUUUAAAAUGCAAGCUGUUUAAUAUCAAACAGAAUUGGUUCUAGAAUUCAUCAAAAAAAUUGCCACUUAUAUAUAUCAAAAUUUUUUUCAUAAAAUGUUUUUAUAUUUAAAAAAUUUUUGUUUCGAGCAUAGGGGAGUUAUUAAUUGUAUUUUAGCUUAUUAUGAUAACGAUAUGAAUGUUAUAAUUUCUCACAAAAAAAUUUUCCUCAAUUAUUUGACUGGCUGAUUUUUUAUUGAUUUAUGCCCUUGCGUCCCGUUUGACAUGAUUAUACAAGCAUAUAAAAAUUAUUCAGGAUUAGUUAGAUUAAGCAGACUCCCCAGGCUUUAUAAACUCAUAAAGCUAACAAAAAUGAUGCGUCUUAGCACUGUUGGAAAAGCAAAAAAUAGAAUCGCAAUGUACAUGAGCAAUUUAUUAAAAAUUGAUGCAGGCCUAGAAAGGUUUUUAUGAUUAAUAAUCACAUUUAUUAUAAAUAUUCAUCUUUUAGCCUGCUGCUGAGCAUUUAUAGGGAGAUUUAUGCUGUAUGAAACUGAUAAAAAUUGAAUUAUGCAAGGAGAUUAUCAAGAUUUAAGCAAUUUUGAUUUAUAUAUUUGUGCGGUUUAUUGGUCUGUAACAACUUUAACGACUGCAGGAUAUGGAGAUAUCCAUGCAUGGAAUAAAUAUGAAAGAAUCAUUUCCAUUGGUGUUAUGAUUUGUGGCAUUUUUAUUUAUUCUUUUUUCGUAAGCUCGCUCACAAAUAUUGUAAUUAGUAAGGAUGAUAUUAAUUGCAAGCUUGAGAGAAAGCGAGACAUUAUAAACAGUUUAGCAAAGCAGCAUAUAUAGGUUUGCAAUAUAUGCUUAUAUUGAUAAUUAUUCUUAAGAUGCAUCCAUUAUAUAAAAGCAAUUAAUUUUUUUGGCAAAUAAAUCAAUAUAAAACAAUAUAACAUAAGUCCAGAAUUUUAUCGUAAACUUAUGGAUGCUAUUGAGUAUAAUCAAAAGCAUGACAGAACAGAUUUAGAUGCUUUGAUAGAAGAUCUACCUAUUAAUCUCAGAACGCAACUUCUAAUUGUGAUUUACAAACAAUUUUUAGAAAAUAAUGCAUUUUUCGAAGACAAGCAAGCCCAUUUUGUCGCUUAUAUAGCGCCUCUUCUUAAGCCAUAUAAAGCUGAAGAAGGCGAUCAUAUCUAUAAAACAGGUGACCUUGCUACAGAAAUUUAUUUCAUCAUUAAAGGUGAGGUUGCAAUGAUAGUAGAGCCUGAUGAGGAUACAAAGAUCCCAUUCAAUUUUCUAAGUGAAGGCUAUUACUUCGGAGAAACAGAUCUUUUGAUGAAUGAAAACCACGAGCGCUCAUUCAGUGUAAAAGCCUUAAAAAGGACUGAAUUACUAGUUCUACCGAACGAUGACUUUGAAAAUGUUUUACAAAACUUUGAAGAAGAAGGAUUAAGUAUCCUUAUGGCUGCAAAAGAUAGACAAAGCAGACUAAAAGAAAGAGCUGAGCAAGCAAUAGAAGAAUACAAAUCUAAGAGCAGAAUUAAACGAUUUCAAAGCUUUCCUGUCCUGACUCCAGUAUCAAAAAAAGAAUUACUCAAAAUUGUGAAAAAAAUCCAAAAGGAGGAAGAUGAUAAAAUUACUAUAAAUGAAGAUUUUGAAAAAGCAGAUUUAAAAGUAGAAAACGAGCUGCUAAUUCCAACGGAAAAUAAAGAAACAGAUGCUUUGGAGUCAUUGAGAAGUCAAGGCUCACCAAAGGGGGAAUCUUUUAGCCAGGAUUCUCUGAAGCAAGGGUCAGUUAAAAGCCAAUGAUCACAAAAAUCAAGAUUUAAUCUUGAAUCGUUUAAAAGCCAAAGUAGCUCCCAGAGCUCAUUAUUCAAAAAUAAGUCUUAAUUAAACUUAAACUUAUUAUAGGUUUGGCUGCUGCCCAUUGUUAACGCAGUCACCAAGCAUCCCCAAGAAGAUUCAACCUCUUCGCAGCAAUGCCAAGGAGAACUAUUUAAGUCAUAUGACUCACUGGCGAACACCACCUUUCCUCUUCUUCAUCAUCUGACGCCAUGGCACCUGCGAAGUAGGUUUCUGUGUCUUCGUCUCCUCCUUGCCUUUGUUGGCUCCAGUGUUGAGUAGGGAAGCUAUGGACUUCUGCGGCAUCCUGCUUGGGCUGAAUGAAGGCUGACCUACAAAAAUCCCGAUAAAUGGAAUUUCUGGCAGACAGUCUGCAAAAGGAAAAUUUAAAGCUAGGCGUAACUCCCAGUUCCACGCUAAGUAUUUACCUAAUGGUCUAAGCAUUACCUCUAGAUUUUUUUGGGUUUACCCUUUCCAACUUUGAACCCUUCCCCUCGAGAUAAAAUCCAAUCCUGAAAGUUGGCUCGGGCAAGGUUCUGCAAAUUACCAGAGUUGCUUACCUAGCAUUGCUGCUGUACAUUUCUGGUUUGAAAAAACCUUUCUGGAUAUAAAUAAAGAUGUGCAAAAGGAAGUCAGACUCAAAGGCGAAAUGCUGAGACGCCAUAUUUAAUUAUUCAAAAAUAAGUCAAUUUUUGACUCGAUAAUUCAGCAGAAAUUUGGGGAUAGCAGCUAUAGUGAAGAAAAAAUUGAAAAGAAAUUGAUAAAAUUGGAAGAAAAGAUAGAGAAGGUUAAAGAAGUCAUUAAGACUUUGUGUAAACUGCAAGAUUGCCAGUUACCUGAUGAAUUUUUGGAAGAAAAUAGUCCAGAAUAG